CUACUGCAAUGAUUUCUGGGAGUGUUAGUUUGAUGGUUUCCAUAUUCCAUAUUUUAGUGUAUGUUUUGCGCGCUGUUGAUCAUAACGUAUGAGAGGUGUAUAAUUAUUUAUUAAGUGUUUUAGUGAUUUAGACUGUUUACAUUGUGAUUUUAUUAGAAAAAUAGUGAAAUAUGCCGGAAAAAUAUGAGUUUACAAUGACUACAACUUAAAUUCUCAUUGGAUUGAGCAGGUGUUAGAGUUUGGUUAACUGGACAACUACUUCAGUAUCAAAACAAUUACUUACCAAACUUUUAAUUUCGAAGAUAUUGUGAUGAUAAUUUCCAAUUAUCGCCUGUUCCUCAAAAAUAACGAAACGACAUGCAGAAUUUUUGGGAGCUAAAAGCGGGCUCAAAGGGACAGCCGGUGAUAUGCUGUCACGAUGGCAGGGAAGCCUGAUCUAUCAGCAUCAGCUGGUGUACAAAAUGUUGUAGUAUAUGUAUCGAAUGAUAAUUUUGCUCAGGCUUAUGCUGUGGGUCAACAGAAUGUGCCACCGAACAACCAUUCCUCCAUCCCGAAUGGAGCCUAUCCAAACCCACCACAUUCCAUGGCCUCCCUGGUUGGACCAACAAAGUGCUGUACUCAAACGGGUAAACCAAACAUAUUGAAACCAGCUGAUUAUUCGACCAGUCAAGUUUUGAAUGGAUCAGUACACCAACAGCAGGGUUAUUACACAGAAGUUUUAUCACAAAAUGGUUUCACACAACCCAUUAUCAACAAUGUGAAUUAUCAAAGUAAUGCUGUUAUCAAUCAAGUGAAAAACUAUAAUUCAGGAAAUAGUGAUGUGUUGUCAGGUGAACGACAAUCAGGUCCGGGACGGCCUGAGUGUGAAAGAGAAGCACCUUAUGUGGAUUCUAGUUAUAUUACUGUAAUGGGGGGCGAAUGCCCCUCGCAGAGUGUUCGUUGUGAUUCAGUACGGUCAGAUGCUGCGGAAUCUAGUUGUAGUAGUUUGAGUUCAACAGAUGAAGGAAUUGCUGUGCAAAAUCCUUCUCCAGAGAUGGUCCUUUAUGAUUCUAGUGUCAGUGUUAGACCUGGUGGUGUAGUGCUUGCAGUGGGACCAUCAUCUGUUCAGCAACAACAAACUGCUAAUUCCUUAGUUGGUACUUCUGUUCAUAGUCAUCAGGUUUCUUUUGUAUCGGUACCUUUUGGAUGGAAAAGACUUUUGAACAAUGGAAAUAUCAUCUAUAUAAGUCCUAGUAAUACAGCACUUGCUAGCCCAGAGCAAAUUAAGGAAUACUUAUUGAGCUCUGGAACCUGUAAGUGUGGAUUAGAGUGCCACUUCAAGUACGACAACGUCUUCAAUUUUGAUCCUAAGGUUGCAAGUAAACCUUGGAGCUUUCCACCAGAUACAAACAUAGGGGACCUGAAAUUGUGCAACCACAAAAGAAAAAUAAUGAAUAUGGCUGCUUUAGAGUGCAAACAAAUGGAUCCAAACAUUAAGUUAAGAAAAGAUUACAAUGUCAAGAGAAAAAAGAGAAGAAUCGAUAUGCCUUACUGCGGAGGUAUCUCAGUUUCACAAAUAUUGGCUCAACGAGACAAAAUGACGAUGGGACAACAGAACUUCGCCAAAGACAGCACAACAAACCAACAAGUGAACCAACAGGUCUGGUCAGCACAUCAGCAACAACAACAACAGAUGCAGCAAACAAACAGACUUCAAGCAUAUCCGAGCAACAUGCCGAUGCCUAGGUAUCCACUUGGUCAGGAUUCAAACGAGCCUACACAUAAUGGGGAAAACAUCGCCAUGACCCACCAGCACCAAUCCAUGCCUCCAAACAUAUCACAUCAAACUGAUCACGUCCCUAACCAACAUCGGCAACUUUCUAACGAUAGUCCGAAUGUUCAUGUCCACCAUCAGCAUGUGAUUGGUCCAAAUGGUCAGAUUAUCAAUGUGCAGAAGCCAAUGCCUCCCAUUCAGCAUGCGCAGAAUGUUAUAAAUAGUCAAAAUAAUAUGACUUUGUUCCAAGGUCAGAAAUCCGCCCAACCGAUGUUGCAUAAUCACCCUCAAUCACAACAAAGACUAUACGUGAAUAGUCAGCCGAAUGAGCCUAGUGGACCUGGUCGGCCUCUGCAAAUAAUGCCGGUUGGUAUGGAUAAUCAACAAAGGCCAUUAGAUAUCCAGCAAAGAAUGGCGCAAAAUCCUCCACAAUUCUACAAUAACCAACCUCCAAUGUACCCUCAAAUGCCUCAAUAUGAUCCAUCGAAAUCUGUGAGACCUUUGAUGCCUCCAGGUAAUAUGCCGAUCAAUGGAUUUAGGCAGCAGGUACUCAAUCAGGGUCAAAUGAUACAACAGCAGCACAUGAUGAUGAAUCCGAACCAUCAAAAAAUGCACUGGCCGCCCAACAGAGCCCCAGCUCCAGUCAACCAGCCUAAUCAGCAGAAUCAAAUGCCAAAUGUUUAUGAGAGAGUGCCACCCUUGCACCAACACCCUAUGAUGUGGCAGGAGGAAGUGAAAAAGAAAAAGAUCAAACUGGGAAAAAUGGCGAAGAAUCGAGGUGGUUUCGUCAUGGAAUGUCAAACAACACAAUCUCCUUGUCCAAAUGUAGAUAUUAGGCAGAUUUCUAAUGAGCCUGAUAGAGGUGUCAUUCUCAACCAGGUACCUCCAGCGAGCCAGAGUAAUCCUGGCCCCUCAUUUAUGGAAGACCCUAGUGGGUAUUUGGCUCAACAGACAGCUUUAUUGAACAAUACUAUAAACAGACAAACAGGUGCUAAUCCUUGUGGGGGAUAUAUUUGUAACAGUCCAACUUCUUCGGUACAUCCUACGCAAAACUCUAAUAUAAUAUCAAUUAGCAGUAGUCAAAACAACGAGGUGCCUUUACCAAGUAAUGUGAUGAUGCAAAUGAAGCAAAAUCAAAGUGUGCCUCAAAAAAUAGCCAAUCAGCAGAAUGCAGAUGUUAUCAAAAACCAACAGCAAUCCCAACAAAUGCAAAACAUGAUGCAACAGCAAUUUGUACAAACUAUAACUCAAGGAGUAGCGGAUAGUAGCGCUGUUGUGAAUGCAAACGAACAAAAACAACAACAAUAUGUACAGUGUCAAGGAUGCAUAGCAGAUAGUAUGAAUGCCAGUCAACAAUAUAUAAUAAGAGAACAAAUGAACAACCAAGGUCAAAAAAUACUGCAAUAUUCCAGACCGAAUAGUCAGCCAGGCACGCCGAGUUCUUCAGGUGGAAUAGAAGAUGUGACAUCUUCAACGUUCUCUGAUAAGCAAAGCAUACAAAACUCGCCAGAUAAUAGGCCGAUUCAAGGUGGAACCGUCAGUACUAGCAACGUUUCUCCCAUUGAUGGUUUUCAUUCCGGCCCACCCACUCCAAACUCUCACACUCCGUCCUCUAUGACGCCCAAUCCAAAUACACCCAUUCCACAUACACCCAGUCCUUACAACCCGAAUCAACAUUCUUCACAUUCGGUUACUCCCACACCUCCAACUCCAACUCAACAAAUCCAAAAUCAGUUUCAAAUGCCAAAUAUGCAUCCUCAACAAAUGCAAAACCAACAUCAACAGCAGAGUCAACCUCAGAAUCAUCAUCAGCAAAAUCAGAAUUCUCAACCAUAUAUGGUCCAAAGAAUAUCAGAUUCGCAAACUGGUCAAAAUUAUAUUGUGUAUUCUUCAAGUGGCAAUACAAAUAUGCAGCAAAUUCAAAUGAAUCAGAUCAAGGAUGGUCAGGGAUACAACACAGGUCCUCCACCAAGACCAGAAUAUUAUGUGAAUACAAGUGUGCCACAGCAAGAUAUACAGAAUUCUAGAGGACCAUUUAUAUCUGGAAUUGUUACUACAAUGGCAAGUGGAAGGACUGUAGGGAGUAACACGAUCACGUCUGUGUUAGCAGGACGAGCUAAUACUGCUACAGUAUCCAUUAAUAGCCCACAAAAUGUCAACAAUCCAUCUCCACCGUCUUCCAUUCAAGGGCCAAACGUAAUGUCGAACCAAUCAGUAACUGUAAACGUAUCCAAAUCACCUUUAGAAAUGGUACAGAGUGUAGUUAGUAGCAUUCAGGUUCCACAUUCUCCACAUCCAUCAUCUGUAGCGCAUACUAAUGCGCAAGUAUCUCCUACCAUAGUUAAGUCUACUCUUCCUCCUGGGCAUAUUCUAGUUUCUUCAGGAGGACAACUGAUAAUGGCCAAUACUGGAAAUUGCCAGACCAAUGUUAUGCCCCCACCACCACCUAAGUUAAUGGCGAAUCAGUCGAUGCCUCCGAUAUCAGCAUCUCCAAUGAUCACAAAUGUUACAGCUGCAAUGACGCAAAUGAUACCAGCUGUUGCGCAACAGAUGUUGGGACAGCAGACUGUACUUGUAAAUGCAUUACCUGCACCAUUUGUCCUUCAGCCUGGUGUUGCCAUGACGAUGGAUGGAGUAACAGUGGGUCAAAAUAUGCAAAUACCUCAGAUUGUUACCGGUAACGUCAUACAACAACAAGUACAGAUAGAGACAAAUGAGGCUAGACGAGGACAAGGAAUGCUAUCUCCUGAGAGUAAAAAGAAAGGUAAAAAGAGAAAACUUUCAUCUCAAACUGUGGCUGGCAUGCUGCAAAUAGCGGCACAACAGAAUCCUGGUAUGGUCAUGCAACAACAGAGUUUCCCACAGCAAAUCCAAAUGGCUCACAGUCCCCAAAGCAUAACAGGUCCGGUUAUGCAAGCCUUAACUAUCGUUCCUAGCAAAAACGGAGGUCCUGCGCAAAUCGUUAUGAAUGGUCAGGCUAAUAUUGGAACUCAACAGCUAAUCACUAAUUCACAACCGGCGCAACAAAUAAAUCUUUUGCAGCCUGUCAACUUGAUAAAUGGCGGAACAGGAGUGGUUCAGAAUUUCCCAACAAUUCAGCAAUUCAUAGUACCGAAUUUGGGUGGCAUGGUGAUGAAUCCAGAUGGUACAGCCACAAUACUACAAGAUACAUCUAAUAUCGGCAUGCAGUUGCAAUUGCAAAAUGUUAAUGGACAGAAUAUAUUGACUCCUGUUCAGAAUGGUGGUGUAUUCAACGGUUCCCAAAAUAUAAUAGCUGCAGGUCCUGCAGGAAUGGUUAUCAGGACACCAGCUCCAACUCAAGGAAAGAUCAUUCAGCAGCAGCAUAGUCCCGGUGCUCAAUUUCUUUCACCUAAUGGUGGGCAAUUCGUGGUAAACGGCGGUCAGUUUGGUGGCCAGUUGAGUCCUCUUGUUGCAAAUGUUAGCCCUUCACAGCAGGUUACAUUCAGCAGUCCGGCGCAACAGAUGCGUCCCCAACAGGCUCCUCAGCAGGAGUAUAUCCAGUGCAGUCAGAUGGGUCAAACGCUUAUGGUACCCUGCGCCCCUGGCAAUAACAUAUCGGCUUCAAAUUCGAACCAGAAUACCACAUAUGUUCAACAAAAUACCACCAUAGUACAGCAACAGACAACAAUGGUUUCCAAUAACCAACAGCAACAGAACCAACCGAAUAUGCAGAGAACCACUACUCUGAAUGUUGAUCAUAACUUUCUGAUAAGUUCAAACGAGAACAAGCAACAAAUGCAUCCUGUUUUGAUUAAAGAGUGUCCUCAGAAUCCUUCUUAUAGGCAUUCAGUAUCCACACAAACUGCAACCAAUCAGUCUCAAGCCGUUACCACCAACACAUUUUGCCAAACGUCUACGGUUUCUGCAGGAAGUCCUCCAGAUACUACUACACAUAGUCCUUUGGCCUUAGGAGGACAAAGUCCACCCACUGUAGAUACAACUACACAUUCAGGCAGCACUGAUGAUGGCCUUUCACCUGCCCCUUCCAAUUGUUCUGCAGGUUUUGGUGAUGUUACCAUACAGGGAAGGCAUCAGUCUAUGGCAAUGGUCCAUUGCAUAUCGAGCAGUGAACCAGACUCUGCCGAUUUCAACAAUCAGAGCUCGGACAAUGAAUGCUUCAGAGCUCAAGUGAUAGCAAGUCAAAAGCAUGAUUACACAGAGGUCACCAGUGACCAGAUGCAUUACCUUGCCAAGAAAAACAAUCCUACUCAUUUUGCUUAUGCUGAAUCGUCGACUAUGGUAUCUGGUGUUCACUUUGUGGCAGAUCAGAUCAAGGCAGAUGAAUCAGUUGUCAGUUCUAGGCACUCUGAGAAACGGAAAAGCAGUGACACUCUGUUAGUCAUGGAGACCAGACAGAUACAUUUCCAGGAUGAAGAAGAGUGUGAUCAGAAAGUUGAAAAAGAAAGGGAAACCAAUUUUAUGAUAGGAGAUUUAGUGUGGGGUCCAUCUAAGUGUAAUCCUUCGUGGCCUGGCAAAAUUAUCAGCUUAGAAGAUGACAGAGCCACAGUUAAAUGGUUUGGUAAUGAAAAAUCGACUUCCAUAGUAGAAAAAUCGUCACUCCAGUCGCUUUCUGAAGGAUUGGAUGCGCACCAUCGAGCUCGAAAAAAUUUAAGAACAAGUCGCAAAUUGAACUCUCAACUUGAAAAUGCAAUCCAAGAAGCUAUGGCAGAACUAGAUAAAGAUGUAGUGAAUGAAAAAAAUUCCUGUACUGCUACACCAAAAAGUGCUUCUCCAAAAAAAGAUACUUCCAAGAAGAAUUUCAUUGGUAGACUGAGGAGUAGCCAGAAGUGAAUCUUCAAUGGUUUUCAAAAAUAUCAAAAUCAUGGACCAACAUCGAAUAUGGUAAAGGGUAUGAUUGACAGUUAACUAUUGAUUAAGAUUUUUAAUAUGCUUCUUACAUAAAUUGAUAUGUAAUGGGUAGACUUGUAUCUAAAAGGUAAUGAUUCCUAGAAAAAUGUAAUCGUCACAUUUAUAUAUUGGAGAUAUUUUUCAAAUGCCUUUUUUAAAUGUAGAUUUUAAGGCUCCAUCUAAAAUAUAAGCCGAUAUUUGUCUAUCCAAUCUAUUUAUGUACAAAAAUAUUGUACAUAAUGACGAUCAGUGUACUGAAUAAACUUGACUGAAAGAGGGGUAUGAAUUAAAGCAUGAAGAAAUUACACAUCUCUUUCUGAAUUUGCACAAAAAGAAAAUUUAUUGAAUAUUUAUUUAUUGCUGGAAACACUUUAAACAGUGAGUAAGGGUAUGCAUUGCUCUUGACUCUAUUUAUUCAUUACUUUUCCAAUCCCGAAUAGGAAAUAUUCUCAUUAUAACGUAAAGUCGAGUUUGUUUAAAUACUGAAUAAUAUUUCUGAUCUAAACAUGUCUUCAUAAAUAGAUUGUGAUUUUAAUUUUUAUAUUUCUAGUCAAUGAUUUUGAAGGAUGACAGAUUGAACGACAAUAAACAUAAUAUUUUUCUUCACCACAAUUUGUUAUUUAGGUACUGUGAUAACAUGUUAUGAGAAAUUAAUUUCCUUCAGUACCCAAAGCAUUUCAGAUUAAGUUGCCCUGAUAUCAAUAGUUUUAUUAAGGGGGGGACUUUUUUAUUGUCAUCGUGUUGUACAAAGUAUAAAUGUUCAUUUUAUAUGUUUGAUAGUUUAGGUUUGAAUUUUGUAAUGAAAUUAUUGUUUCAGGACUGUAUUCAAACUUUGGCUUAAUGUAUUUGUACAAAGAACAAUCCUUAGUUCAAGAUUAUUUAGGCUGAAAUCAACAAUUUUUAUAUUUAUUAUUAUUGUUUUUAUACCUUGUACAGCAAUUUCAAUUCAUUUUAUUUUUUAAUUACUUGCCAUUUAUUUCAUGGUAGCUCGAAUGAUUAUCCAUGCAGUUUUGUAAUAUAAGUAUGUAUUAAAGAAUCUGAGAAAAUAUGACAUAAUGAUUAUUGAGUUGUAUAGUUUUAUUUGUACUAGAUUUUUAAGUAUUAUGAAUAAUCAAAUUAUGCCUACUCUAGUUAGAACUUUCAAGUAAAGAAUGUAUAUUAUAUUUUUGUAUAUGUAUUUAUUGUUUAUAUUCUUCAGUUCAGAUAGGUAUAUGGCUUAUUUAUUAUCCGAUAUUUUGAAGAACCUAACAAAAUGUUUUAUUUUCAAUUUUAUUUUUAUUCAAAUUUACAUACAUAUAACUAUAUUUUAGCAACUAUUAGUUGGCAGGAUAAAAUGAAGCAUCACAAGACUACAAGAAUGACUUGUAGGAAAUAUUCAUUCUGUUCAUUUAUAAAAUUAUAUGCCCAAUCAUAUGUGAAUUAAUUUAUUUUGAGUAUUUUAAUCAAGAGGUAAGCAAUACCCCUAAAAUCUUAUGUCUUCUAUAAAAAUAAUUUUAACAUAUUUAGGUGUUUUAAACAUGCCUUUUAUCUUUUAAUCCUAAAUCCAUCAGUGUUUUUAUUUUCAUCCACUGAAUUAAAUUCACAACCUCACUCAACUAGUUUUGCGGAUAUUUUAAUUGUUAUUUUAAUUUUUUGAAGUUGUAAAUGCUGAAAAAAGAUUUCAAUUUGUUAAUUUUUUUAACUCAUUGUCCCCUUAUUCAAAAUUGUUGUUUUUAAAUGAACUGUUGAUGACUAAUUGUUCUUCAAUUGAGAUAUGAAUAUUACCUACAUAAUUUCUGAAAAGUCGUAUGUAAUAUUGAAUAUAGUCUUUCAUUUUCUAAAGUAUAUAAAAAGAUCUACCAAUUGAUUACUCUUUUACUGUAUAUAUUUUGAUAGGUACCUGUUCUGUGUUACAGAUAUGGAUAGUAAGAUUAGUAUCACUCUGUAUAUUGUAUUAUUAGAGCAUGUUUGUGGAAAUUUAUCGCUCUUCCAAUACAAUAUUUCAUUAUAAUCCAGUGUUAGAGCUGUUGGUCACUUGAUAGAAGCAAGUGCGUCAGCUGAAAAAUGUCUAUUUCUGUAAAUAUUAUCUAUUAAUUAUUUACUGUUUGGCCUGCUAUGUUGUGGUUGAACAUUUCCAGCCUAAUAAAUACUGGAUUAGCAAA